ACAGAUAGAAUUUUCAAAAGGAUGAUCCAUUCUGAUUUCCCUCUGACAAAAUAGGCGUAUGUAAUUUUGGGAUCCGACCCCCAGGCGGGUUUCGGCUUCAAUUGUGACAAUAGCGGCAAGUCCUCGCUCCGCGGGGCUCUUUUAAAGCGAAUUUAGCGCACUUUUAUAGGAACAACGCACCAUGAAAUGUAUUUACACUCGUACGGAUUCACACCAAAGCCUUUGUGAUAAUAAUAUAUUGCAGAGCCUACGAAUUUUAUCUGGUAGAUCGGAGAUGAACAGUUUGUAUACGAUUGCCUUGGAAACGUACGGGCAUGAACGGCGCACCGAGCGAUCGAAAGAACAAAAAAUAAAAGACGAGUGUGCGUACUUAGUACAUAACCGAAUAAAUAAUAAAACACUUUACACGUGUAAAACACCACUUGAAUUGGCGGAAACGUGAUUGAAGAGGAGUGUUCGCGACACAAAAUCGAUUGUUUGUCGUCUGAAUGAAAUAAGGAAGAACUGACUUUCAAUUUCGAAUUCCUUGUUCUCGAGAAACGGCAAACAAACCAUCCACAAGAGCGAAUAAAGGUUUAACGACGAGAUAAUUGCCUAUAGCAUAAGGAUAAACCAAUGGAUGCGGCCCUGUGCAUCAUUGUCGUUGUGAAUUACCAAGUUUUAAUUGAUUCGUGACAUUCAUGACUGUGGCAUAAUUAUGAACGGAGGAGUGGCUUAUUUAUUAUAUCGAGAUCUUAAAUGAUUUUGCCGCGGAUGAGUCAAUAGUGUGACGCCCUUUUUUGCGGUUAACUAAAAUCCUCCUUAGAGGAAAGUGAUACUCCUUGGAUCCACGCAUGUUUUUAAAGUCAGUUGUGGUCACGAUAAAGAUAUAACUCGUGAUGUUAAGAUCAUCAUCAAUAGUUCUCGUAUAACCAUUAUAAAGUGAUCAAAAGGUGUUUUUAUUAAACCUUUCAGAACGAUAGGACGAACGACCGGACUGUGAUGUCGUCAAUCACCAAAGAUUGAAAUUUUGGACACGGGAGUACCUCGAGAAACUCGUGAAGUGAUAUAGAGCAACGUCUUUUCAGCGCAAUUAGCAGGCAACAGAAACUGCACCUUUGGCUGUGAAAAUUACAAUUGUGACCUGAUGGUUUAAUACCCGAGGUCGUUCAGGGCUGAGCAAGAGAAAGGGAUGGCGACGAAAACGGAAAAUGACGCCCCGUCGCGGUCGACGAUCUCGGCUCAUACGGGCAGCGGAUUACGAUCAGGAUUCGGGCAUCCCGACACUCGAAAACAAUCGAACGCGUCGAUCAGGGGGUCGACACAGCUCCAAGGCGGGAAGACAAGCGCGACGAAACUCGAGAACAAUUACAAAAUGGCGCCCGAAGUACGUUUCAACUCCAGUCGCGUCAAGGCUAUCCUGCAGCAAACCUUAGAGACUAGACUCGAAUCUGUGGAGUACUGCCCCGAAACGGUCAAAACCCUUACCAGAGAUCUGUGCGACGUGCUUAAACAUCAAGUUAAAUUACUGGGAUUUUCGCGCCAUAAAUUGGUCAGCAAUGUGAUCAUUGGGCCGACGACGGGGCAAGGGGUCCGGGUCGCAAGCCGAUGCGUUUGGGAUGAAAAACAUGACGAUUACGCAUCAGUUUCAUAUCAAAACGAGUCGAUGUUUGUGGUAGCGUCGGUUUAUGGCGUUUAUUUCGAAUGAUGUCGUCAUGGUUGCUGACGUUUUUGUCAAGUCGACCUAUGAGUACCAUAAUGCAAUAGUUAUAGGCAUAUAUAAUUAUAUUCAUUGAAAUUGAAUAACACAAUCUUGCGAAGAGAAUGCUCUGCAAAACUCCGGUGUUGAUUUACCUCCAGCCCGGAAUCUAUUAUAAUUAUGUCCACAGCACCAGAGAAGUGUUAACACCGGUUUGAUUUUAGUAUAGCACUUAUACAACACCAAUUGGUAUUAAAACAGCAUCGAUUUGAUUCCAAACUGGUGUUCGUUUCCGGGCUGGUCGUAAGUCAACACCGGAGUUUUUGCAGUGUUUUUCUUCAUUUUAAGGAUCAUAUAAAGAAACUAGUGCAAAACUGCAAUAUUGAUGUAUAUCCUAUAUCACAAUUUGAACUUUCAUAGAACAUGAAAAUAUCAAUUCAAACUCACGUGGCGGCUGCAAUAAUUCGCAAUGUGCUAUUGUUAUCAAAUGAAAAAGUAAACUGAUAUAGAUAUCACCAUGUGCAUGUAAGGUGUACAUAGAAAUGGUGAUAGUGGAUGCAGCGAAGAUAAGAUGUGAUCGAGAGGGGAUAAUAAGAAAUUAUGAUUGUAUUUGAUUUUUUGUGUGUCAUAUUUGCUCAAACACACAUGCAAAGUUAAAACAUAUCUUAUUAAAUACUCCAACACACCAAAUCUUUCCCGCGAAAAUUACACUUAAAAAAUGAAUGGGAUUUGAUACCUCGAUUGGGACAUCUCUCGGAACAAAAUCUUAUUGCCCCCCUCCCCUCCCCUCCAGAAAUAUAAUAUCGUUAAUGAUGUAUACUAAAGAUGAUAACCCCAUUCCCUGGAACUAACAGAAUAAUUUUCUGAAUAGUUUUAUGGAAACCACCCUAACAAUUUACUUAUUCAAACAGUUCAGAGUGAAAUAUGGUUUGGUUUUUAUAACCUUAAUGUCUGAGGCAAUUAAUUAAAAAACAAUAUGAAUGUCAUCUGUCAUAAGCGAUUGUUCAUGCUCUUAAAGAAUGAUUGUUAUUUGCUAAUGUUUAUUUGCUAUGAUUACGAGUGUAAUCACUUGAUUCACACCAUGUUGUUUACAUUAUAAAUUCCAAAGGUCAUAUAUGCAAUAAAAUGUACAAUGUCUGAAAUUUCGACAUGAGGAAAAAAUCAAUAGUUAAUGUAUUAAUACAUUGCAUUCCAUGUUUACAUUUAAACAAAUAUUGUUCUUAAAGAACUCUAAAAUUGGGCGAGGCUUAUCCGAUAAAGCAAUAAGUAAAGAAAUAAACAUUGACUCCAAUAAGUAAUUAAUUAAUUUAACUAGUUAGAGAAAGAAACAUCCUGAAAAUCAAAAGAGUUUGCACUGGUUAAGAAGUAUAAAGCAGUAAGUACUCUUGAAAGAAAAAUGAAAGAAAAUGAAGGUCUCAUAAGGUUUAUUUGGGUAUUGUGUAUGCAUAGACAAAAAAGUAUAUCGAUAUGUUCUCCGACCCCAAAGAAAAUAUAUUGGCAUUGCAUUAGUUUAUUCCAUUUUUUUUUGUUCAACCUGUGUGAUUUUUUUGGCAAACACCAUGUUUUCUGUUUGGAUUAGAUCUACUGAUUGCUGAAGAAAAAUAACAAAGGCCCCCAAUUUUCUGAUAUUAAAAAGAAGUUCAAAGGAACCAAGAAGAAUUGUAUUGAAAUAUGUUUGAAACGCCAGUUAAAAACAAUUAGUUGCUUUCUAUAAAUCAUUAAAACUCAUUUAUUUGUACUCAAUUGAAUGUUAUAUAAAGCGGUUCAGUUUUUUUUCGAAUAGGCGUGCUACAAAACAACAAAUACGUGGAUAAAUUAGUUUUGUUUGCAACUCAUCUGCAGAAUGCAUGGUACAACACAGUUUAAACGUUUUGCAACAUUGUUUUCACUCUUAAAAAUGUUGCGUAACAUACUGUCCACACAACAAUUGGUUAAAACUUUAUCAAAUUCUGGGUAGUUUUAAACCAAUAAUGUGUGCUUUGGGUGAAAACUACACAGUAUUGGUUAAAAACUACCCAGGGUUGGAUACAUUUUGUGUGGGCAGUAUGUUGCCCAACAUUUUAAGAGUGUACUUCGUGAACUGGUUAGGUAUAUUUUUAAAAUUUUAAAUAAAAUUCUGAAAAUUCUGAUAGUAUUGGGGGCUUAAAAGUUGAACAUUUUUUAAAGUUAAUCUUUGAAGCAUAUGUUUUUAUUUUGUUAAAUUCAUGUCACAAACAAUAUGUUGUAUAAACAGGAUACACUUUGUUUGAUGUUGUUUUUAUUCUGUACUUUUUAAACCCUUAAAAAGAGAACUAAUUUCUAAAUUUUGUAUUGUUCCCCCCAAAAAAACUCCCCCAAAACAUAAGGUUGGUUAGAUAUUUGAAAAAAAAAUAAUGUUCAAUCAUUAAAGAAAUUACUCUUACGCAUAGUUUUAAUAAGGCUUUCUCAGUAAAUUUGCACUCGCAUUAUUCCAGUAUCAUUGCAAACAUUGAUGUCGUUCGGAAAGCCAUUUCUCGCUUGUAUUUUGUUGGAUCGUCAAACGAGAAAACUAUUUCACAAGAUGUUUAUUAUGAAACCAUUGAAAUAUAAUGUAAUUUAUUAGUAUUUGAUACAUGAAAACGAUGGAUAUGUACAAAUCUUGAAUUAAUAAACAUUCUCAUUUCAGAAA